AGCCGGGACAUGGUGCCGUUCGCUCCGCCGGAGGACGCGGAGGAGCCGGAGCCCUGCCACAAAAUGGAGCUGUACGUGAGCGGCGGCGAGUUAGCAAGAGGCUGGAGAACCAUCCCUAGCUCCAGCGCAGCACAGCUCGGACGAGUACUUCUGCUGAUGGUGGUGGCGCUUAAGUUAUCUUCGAAUACUUGCCUGGGCUGGGGCUGCAGAAGAGGUGUGAGCUUGACAGUGCGCUGCUGUGGGAGCCUGUUUCUGAAGUCACGCUCGUCUAGCCAAGAGAGCAGAGGAUGAUGGAUGGAGGAGAGGAUGAUCCAACUGAAACACCUCUGCCUUCGUAACGUCCAAAGGCACCUAUUUGCAACAGCUGUUCUUUAAAUUGUGUUUUCCUCAAGCAUAAAACUAUUUCAGUUGUGCUCUGAUUAAAAUGAGGCAUCAUGUUUGUUAUGUCUGCUACAUUUGGGGACCAGUGUUUGAGACUGUGUUUAGACUAAAACUAGUUUCUUCAAGUUGUGUAUGAUGUUCCCAAAUUACAUUAACAAGUGGUACUCUCUCCGAAGUGCAUGUCAGGGAUGUGUCGCACUUCUCACUUGCUGGGAUUCUACAUUCGCAUAGUUUGGGGAUUUAACAAAGGUUCAUUUUAUGUUAAAAUGAAGUUUAGUUUGGAUUCUUAAAUUUUAUAAAAUUAAUUAUAGCCUAUAGUACUUACUACAACCUUAUGUUGGCAGUCUGAUAGAUCUCGGUCACCUUGGCCGCACUGGAACUACAGUCAACAGCAUUACUCUGAAAUAGUCCUGUAUUUUGCAGACUAACCUACUUGUGCUUACCAGUGCUCUUGACCAUCAGUUGUGGCACAGGAGGAAAAAUCUGAGAAACAGUUUUCUCUGAGGAACCGGCUUGUUGACUAAAUUUAGGAUUACGUUAUUAGAACUAAAUGGCCUUAAAAUGGCAGAUGAGCCUAUGGAAGAAGGUGAACCAUAUUCCUACCAUGAUGAAGGAAGUGUGAAAGAAAUUCCUAUUACACACCAUGUGAAAGAAGGAUGUGAGAAAGCAGAUCCAGCGCAGUUUGAACUACUUAAGGUUCUUGGACAGGGAUCAUUUGGAAAGGUCUUCCUUGUACGAAAAAUAAUUGGUCCUGAUGCUGGGCAACUUUAUGCAAUGAAAGUAUUGAAAAAAGCUUCUUUAAAAGUUCGGGAUAGAGUUCGUACAAAAAUGGAGAGAGAUAUAUUAGUAGAAGUAAAUCAUCCAUUUAUCGUCAAACUGCACUAUGCCUUUCAGACCGAAGGGAAGCUAUAUUUAAUAUUGGAUUUUCUCAGGGGAGGAGAUGUAUUCACGCGAUUAUCCAAAGAGGUUAUGUUUACAGAGGAAGAUGUGAAAUUCUACCUCGCAGAACUGGCCCUUGCUUUGGAUCACCUUCACAGCUUGGGGAUUGUAUACAGGGACCUGAAGCCAGAAAACAUUUUGCUUGAUGAAGCAGGACAUAUCAAGUUAACAGACUUUGGACUCAGCAAAGAAUCAGUAGAUCAAGAAAAGAAGGCCUAUUCUUUCUGUGGUACUGUAGAAUACAUGGCACCUGAAGUAGUAAACAGGCGAGGGCACAACCAGAGUGCUGACUGGUGGUCCUUUGGUGUUCUCAUGUUUGAAAUGCUUACAGGUACACUACCAUUUCAAGGUAAAGAUCGAAAUGAAACUAUGAAUAUGAUACUGAAAGCAAAACUUGGAAUGCCUCAGUUUCUCAGCCCUGAAGCACAAAGUCUUCUGAGGAUGUUGUUUAAAAGAAACCCAUCAAAUAGAUUAGGAGCUGGUUCAGACGGAGUUGAAGAAAUCAAGAGACACCCUUUUUUUUCUACCGUUGACUGGAAUAAACUGUUCAGAAGAGAAAUUCAGCCCCCAUUUAAACCUGCUUCUGGAAAGCCAGAAGAUACCUUUUGUUUUGAUCCAGAAUUCACAGCAAAAACACCGAAAGAUUCUCCAGGAGUCCCACCUAGUGCGAACGCACAUCAGCUCUUCAAAGGAUUUAGUUUUGUUGCAACGACUACUGUAGAAGACCAUAAAAUAUCACCACUUACGAAUAUACUGCCAAUAGUGCAGCAACUUCAUGGAAACAGCGCGCAGUUUACUGAUGUAUAUGAAUUGAAGGAAGAUAUUGGUGUUGGAUCCUACUCUGUUUGCAAGCGGUGUAUACACAUAGCAACGAAUAUGGAGUUUGCUGUAAAGAUAAUUGAUAAAAGUAAGAGGGAUCCCUCAGAAGAAAUUGAGAUUCUCAUGCGUUACGGACAACAUCCAAAUAUUAUUACUUUAAAGGAUGUGUAUGACGACGGUAGAUUCAUAUACCUUGUGACUGAACUGAUGAAAGGAGGAGAGCUGCUUGAUCGAAUUCUCAGACAGAAGUUCUUCUCGGAACGAGAGGCUAGCGCUGUGUUGUACACUAUAACUAAGACUGUGGACUACCUGCACUGCCAGGGAGUAGUGCAUCGAGACCUAAAACCUAGUAAUAUUUUAUAUACGGAUGAUUCAAAUAAUGCUGAUUCUAUCAGGAUUUGUGAUUUUGGAUUUGCAAAACAACUUCGAGGAGAAAAUGGACUACUACUAACUCCGUGCUACACUGCAAACUUUGUGGCACCAGAGGUUCUCAUGAGACAGGGAUACGAUGCUGCUUGUGACAUAUGGAGCUUGGGUGUUCUUCUUUACACAAUGUUGGCAGGCUACACUCCAUUUGCCAAUGGUCCUAAUGAUACUCCAGAGGAGAUCCUGGUACGGAUAGGCAGUGGAAAAUUCUCUUUAAGUGGAGGCAACUGGGACACUGUUUCAGAUGCAGCAAAGGACUUGUUAUCACAUAUGCUUCAUGUAGAUCCACAUCAGCGGUAUACAGCAGAGCAAGUACUAAAACAUUCGUGGAUAGCCUGUAGGGACCAGUUGCCGCAUUAUCAACUAAACAGGCAAGAUGCACCACAUCUAGUAAAGGGAGCCAUGGCUGCUACAUAUUCUGCACUGAAUCACAAGACAUUUCAGCCAGUGUUAGAGCCUGUUGCAGCCUCGAGUUUAGCUCAGCGACGGAGCAUGAAAAAGCUAACGUCAACAGACUUAUAGAUCCACUGGGACACCUUAGCAAACCGAAGCAAGGGGAAAACCCAAUAAAUGGCUCUAUUUUGCCUAACCUGUGAUCAAAAGGCAUCUAUGGUUUCCUGCUACACUACUUGAAUUCUGUAAAAGUCCUUUUUUUAAAAAGAAAAAAAAAAAAUCCACAGGUUCAUACUGUGUUGUUUUACAGGCCGUAUCUGUUAAAUUAAUUUAAACAUCAGGUACACCAUAAUGAAUUUCUCUACACUGUCCUUUAAGAGAUCUGUUGCAAAUAUUAUUUCACAUUCUGUAUAGUUUUGCUGGGUUCAUUUAAAAAUGGUUUUGGGGACCGUUGCCAAUGACCAAGUUGUACAUAAAGUGUCAGUGUAAGGUUUUUUCCACACCUUUAGACCCUUUUGUGAAGGACAAAUUCUUAAUUUUGUAAUCGGGCACUUAAUUCCUUCAACUAAAUUCAUUUAACUUGUUCAUUACUAUUACGAAAAGCUGACUAACAUAUUAUGCCAGUGUUAAAUGCAUUAGUGUUACUUUGGAAGGUUUGCAUGGUGCCAGAAACUGAUAAGUUUAUGUGAAAAUACGAACAAAAGGGAUGUGUAAGAUCCUGCACUUUACCCAUAAACUUAAUCUGAUCACUUUUGACCCAAAAGAAAUGCGGGUUAACAAAUGGCCUCUUAAAGGAAAAAGAAUAUUUCCAGUUGUUACCACAAAUGGCAUUGUGUCCUGCACUAAGCUGGAGGAAUUGUGCAUAUAAACUGUCAAAAUUAAGAUCUAAAUAACAUUGGUACCACUUUAAGACAACAUCAUGCAAUCCAGUAAUUUGUUAUUUAUAUUGUCUGUCCAUUUUUACAAUGGCUAUGUCCUCGGCAGUCGUUUCUACUGAAUAUACCCGGUAUUCAGUUUGGCAUAUAAGACAAGCUGACACUUUAUUAUAACAAGCUUGGCAUGUGGAUUUUAUUUCUUAUUUAUUUGAUUUUUAUAGAACAUUGCUUCUAUCUGAAUCUCUCGCCGCAUGUAUAAUAUUACAGAACAUAAAUGCAAAAUUCUAUUUGCCUAACUGUAGGGGUAGCUUGGGAAAAUAAAUAAGCCUUGCAGUGUGCCCAGAUAAGGGAGUUCUGACCACGAAAUUUCACAGUGAUGGAGAAGUUACUGACAACAUCCUGUUGCCAGCACUCACUCGCCCUCUGUCUCGCUGUGAGGACUUCAGCUGUUUUUAAAUGCUGUGAUGGAGAGGAAGUUAAUUUCAGGGCCAGAAUUAUCUUGGGGUUUGACUCAAAACCAGUGCUAACUGCUAGUAGACUGGGAACUAAUCCAUUCAGAGAUGAUGAGCUUAAAAAUUGUUUUCAGAAAUUGUAGAUGCUACUGUGCAAAUUGUACUGUUGUAGUAGGAUGAUACGCAUUUUAAAUAUUAAGUAUACUAGUGACCAACAGUUAGAGAAUCCAAGUGACCAAAAAUCCAGCGUGGUUCAGAGUGAUUUGCCAUCGUUGAAUUGCCUGUUUCCAAUACCUUUUAGUAGCCAAUUACAAGACAGCAGUGAUGGCGGAACGGGGUGUUUUGAGACAGGGGAAAAAAAGCCUUCAGGAGAAUUCUGGCCCAGCUGCCCAAAGCGGCGGUAGUAACUUAGUAACUCAGAUCUUAAAAGGCAGAGGGUGUUGGCCGGUUUUUGCUUAUACCUGUGAAGUACUUGGUGGCAUUGGAAGUAUUGUUAGAUAAGCUGCUUUAUUUUGUUGUGGUGGGGGAAGAGGGAAACUAUCUGGCCAAAUAGUUAGGUAUGAAUAUACGUAGAUUUGAGACUAUAGCAAACAUAGGUGUGCUAUUUGUAUCAUGCAGAACAUACCCCAUACUAAAUUUCUUGAGUGAUAGAUGUUGGAAGCUUUAAGGGGCCGUUUGUGCCUAGUUUGGAGGUGCCUGUUUGAAAUGCCUGAAAGCUUAUGAAAGAACACUCCUGCUUCCUGGAAAGCUGCUUGUUUAGUACAAAAUCUGCCCUUUAUGCAGCUGGUUCAUCCUUCUUUUCAUUACCGAAGACCCUUGCCAGCAAGAAUGUCUGUAAACCUCGUCUGCAGUCUCAGCAGUAUAAUUUUUUUUGUAAACUUAACAAAUGACUGUCAGAAGAAUUUGAAUUCACUCUAAGAAAAAAAAACAGUGGUGGAAAUAAAGCUACCUUUGCCCAGGGUCAAGGUAGAAUGUGGGUUGAAAUGUACUAGGUAAAACUGUGUUAGGGAUAAGAGGGUAACGCGAGGCGUGGAACUCAACUAAAGCGUCCGAUGUGAAUUGUGUUCAGCUUUCCCGUAAGGUAGCAGCUGGUCUUUAAUGGCUUUGUUCAUGAAUCAUUUAACAGUGUUUAUAUUGGUAUUUUCUUUUAGCUUGCUUAGAAGCACCACGUUAUAAAGCACCUUAAAAGCAUUUUGCACAAAAGCAGUUGUAAGCCGCUGAAGGUACUUAAGUUCUCAGUGUGCAAAACAAAGGUGGUAGGAGGAAAAGUACAUGAACAGAUGGAUGUUCUGGUUCUUAGCAAAGAAUUUAAAACAUCUUCUAUGCUGUUAUCGCUGCUGUUUCUAUACCAGCAGCGUUCAGUGCAACUGGUACUCCUGGGGUAAAAGCAAGGUUUCAGUGACUGCGAUGUUACAAGGUUGUCUUAUCACAAGGAAAACAUAUGGACAAACACCUUAGCUAUAUCUGACAGGCCAGUGUACCCUGGCAUGCCAAUUUUAAUCCUUAAUUUGGGGAGGAAGUUCACUUACUAUGAAUAUUUCAGCACAUCAGUCUUUGAAACAUUUUGGAUAUGCUGGGAUACAGAGGAGUUCACUUGCUGUUUACUCUUACUGCGUCGUACUUAAUGAUCAUCAUCUUUGUGAAAUUUCUUUUGGAAUUUCUUGCAUACUCCUCAUCUUUUCUACAAACUUAGGCUUUGUUCAAUUAAGCAAUUAUAUUAAAAAGUAGCAUGGUCUGCUCAUGAGUAAUGAGCUGAGUGUUUGAAAUGGAAGGACGCUUAUUUGAACUUGCUGUUGGCUGGAGUAAAAGGUUAGUGUAACUUUUCUUUUUUCUUACGGUCUUUGCCCAGUUCAAGGUUACCAACUAGUUACAAUUUUACUAUCUUACUGAUUUUUUUAAAAGAGUGAAAAUUUUAACGAUGGCUUUUAAUUACAAAGGAAUAGAUAUACGUAUUAUGUAUCUAGAGGAACUUCCAGAGAACUAAUUAAUAUCUUAAAUGGUAUCAUAUUUUGGAUAUGACUUCUGUUACCACCAGCAAAACAGCUUCUACUCUGACGUUUGGUAAUGGCAAUUAUAAAUAAGUACCAGUUCUCAAGCGCACACAGAGCCUGAUACAUUCGCACUACAGAGAGAUUCCCACAGCCAUGAGCUGGAGCAGGCUCACGACACUCCUUGCUGUUCUUUCACCCCUCGGAUGGCACAAUUUCGAUCUUUAGUUAUCCUUUUGAUAGAAAGUGAGGAACUCUACUGUAUUCCUGCUAUGUAUCCAAAAAACAUGCAGUGGCGUCGAUGUCAGCCAGCGGUGCGUAACGCAGAGUGCCCGUACCGAGACCGUUGCCUCAGGUGCGUUCAUUUAAGCCACUGUUGCGUGGCUUGCGUAGUCUCAACGCCGCCAUUAGCAUGUUGUGUGGGUUUUCACAUUAUGCUUAAAACUAGUGAAUUCUCUUUGACCACGCCAAGAGCCUGAGGUGUAGGUGCUCUAAGCGUAUCGUUCAUUUGAGGCCUAUGUUGUAGGGUUUAAAUGUUCUCCUUGCAGCCAGAGAAGGCAUCCAAAACCUCACCCGCGUCAGUCACAUUGAGCUUGAAUUCUGUCUUCCAUGUUGAAAUCAUUUUCUGAAGCUAAUCUUCGUAUGUCCAAUAGCUAAAAUUACCUCUAGCCAACUUCAUCAGUUGGAAGUUACUUGCAGUAGGUGUAUAAACUGGUCAUUUGCAGUGGCAGAUUGCUGCACACCCUGCUCGGCUCUCUGCCCUCAAAUGGUACAAGUGAAAAGUCGAGAUAGCUUGUAAGCAUUGAGUUAUAUGAAUUACACCAUACAGUAGUCGUUGUCCUGAUUUGUAUCAAUGAAAUGAGGCUAAAACAUCAAUGCAAGCAUGGGGGUUUAUGUACUUCUGUAGCACUUAAGUUUUUUCAGUCCUAACCAGAAUUAGAAGUUUGCAAACAUUAGUGAGAGGGAAGGGAGGAGCAGGUUUUUUCUUUCUCAGAGUUUUCUGAAGCUGUGAUAAUAGUCCUUAUGCAAUCCUCUGGGAGCUCUGUGUGAUUGAAAUACAAAACUUCUCCUUGAAAGUCUGUUCAGAAACUUCCUAGGGUAUGUGUUGAUUCCUGUUGGGAACGCGCCUACGCUGUCACUCAUACCGUAGCAUCCUUCCGCAUUAACCCCCCUUAGUUAAGUAUAUCCCAAAUACUGUUUGUUCAGUGUGGUUUUGAAAUGGUUACUCCCCCAAAUUAUGCCGUUGUUAAGCCUGUGUUUUCCUGUGGGAAUAGAAGAAUGAAUAUAAAUUUUAAAAAAAGGCCCCCACCCAUAGCGUAUAGCUAAAGCUGACUUGAGUAUUACACUAACGUACGUAAUUACAGGUCCCCCCAAAAUAAUCAGUGACUAGUUUUCUUGAUAUUUUUCCAAUGUAAUGAAAGUCAACUUUCUUUUACAGCUUUAAAAGGUAAUUGAUUAUGUCUCUUAAUAAUUAAGACUUGGGCAAUAGCUUAUCACCAGUAGUGAGUUUGAAUAACAUUGAAUCCUGUUCUGGUUUUUUUUUUUUAAUGUGAGAAUUGAAAAGAUGCUGGAGGUGGAUCUCCUUUGCAGGACAGAGUGUUCCUGUUUUGUGUGUUUUGCAUUAGGCUUGUGAGCAGCCUCUGCUAAGUAAUUGCAUUGUCAUAAUAUCCCAAGCACUUUGGCAUCUUGCACUGAUGCUCUGGUUAGAGCUAAAACUCUCCUGGCACGUGACUGGCUAUAAAUCUCAGUACAAGAAAGGGCAUUAAUUGAAAACGGUGUGCAAUGAAUUACAUGCUCGCUGAGGUACUUCGAAGAUGAAACUAUACGAAAGGUCCCCGUUAUCAGAUAUUGUAACUGUCAUUUCUUUCUCUAAGCAUAUUGUGGAUUUUGUAUCAUAUUGUAUUUAUUUCAUUUAAUUUUAAAAAAAAUGUUUUCUUUAAAGCUCUGUAUAUAUUGACAUUAAAGUUUGCAUUGUACUA